CGGCCUCAGUGCGGAGCUGGGCGGCCGGGACGCGGGCGGGGAGAGAUCGGCGCGGGCAGGGGCGCGGCGGGCACAGCGCAGAGCGCACAAACCGGCACGAACGGCGGGACCCGACGGUGGCGCCUCCGCAGCCGUGACUCCGGCCCAGCGCCCACCGACCAGCCGCCGCCCCCCGCCCAGCCGCCGCGCAGCCCGGGCUCCCCAUGGCGCCCGAGGCCGGGGCGCCCCCGUGCGCGCGGCGCCUGCUGCCCUGGGCGGCGCUGCUGCUCCUGGCGGCGCUGGUGCCAGCGGUCUCCGCGGCGGGAGCUCCAGUUGAUAGUUGUGCUGUCUGCAUAGCUGACCACCCACUGAAACCACGGCACGUGAAACUGCUGUCCACUAAGAUGGGCCUGAAAGUCACGUGGGACCCACCCAAAGAUGCCACCAGUAGGCCCGUGGAGCAUUACAACCUUGCCUACGGGAAGUCACUGAAAAGCCUUAAGUACAUCAAGGUGAACGCGGAGACGCAGUCCUUCCUUAUUGAGGAUGUGGAGCCGGGGGUAGUGUACUUUGUGCUGGUUACUGCAGAAAACCACAGUGGAGUGAGCCGGCCCGUGUACAGAGCGGAAAGCCUGCCUGGAGGUGAAUGGAUCCAGAUUGAUGGUUCCCCCAUUAAGGGUCCAGGACCAUUUAAUGAAACCGUCUCAGAAAAGGAAGUGCCAAACAAGCCCUUGCGUGUCCGAGUCCGAUCCUCAGACAACCGGCUGUCCGUUGCGUGGAAGGCGCCACGCCUGUCUGGAGCCAAGAGUCCACGCAGAUCCCGGGGUUUCCUUUUGGGCUACGGGGAAAGUGGCCGGAAGAUGAAUUACGUCCCACUGGCCCGAGAUGAGCGAACGCAUGAGAUCAAAAAGCUGGCCUCCGAGUCGGUGUACGUGGUCUCCCUGCAGUCCCUGAACUCCCGGGGCCAGAGUCAGCCGGUCUACAGGGCCGCCCUCACGAAACGGAAGAUUUCAGAGGAGGAGGAGCUGGCCGUCCCUGAGGACAUCAGUGUCCGGGUGAUGUCAUCCCAGUCUGUGCUUGUGGCCUGGGUGGACCCUGUCCUGGAGAAGCAGAAGAAAGUUGUUGCGUCCAGGCAGUACACGGUGCGCUACCGAGAAAAGGGGGAACUGGCCCGCUGGGAUUACAGGCAGGGCUCCAACCGGCGCGUGCUGAUCGAGGGCCUGCUCCCCGACACCAUGUAUGAAUUCGCAGUCCGCAUUUCACAGGGGGACAGAGACGGCAAGUGGAGUACCUCCGUCUUCCAGAGGACUCCGGAAUCCGCUCCUACGACGGCUCCGGAGAACUUAAAAGUCUGGCCAGUCAAUGGCAAAACCACAGCUGUCACUGUAGCUUGGGACUCGCUGCCUGAGACUGAGGGCAAAGUGAAAGAGUACAUUCUCUCGUACGCCCCCGCGCUCAAGCCUUUCGGAGCAAAGUCCCUGACCUUCCCCGGAGAGACCACUUCUGCCCUCGUGGACGGCCUGCAGCCGGGGGAGCGCUAUCUGUUCAAAAUCCGGGCGGCCAACAGGAGAGGCUCAGGGCCUCACUCCAAAGCCUUCAUCGUCGCUAUGCCAACAAGCAGGACCAGUGAGCCCGAUGCCCGGCAAAAAGCUGGCACAAUGGAGAACUGGAAGCAAGAAACCUCGCAGCCGCCCUCGCCUCCCAGGGCCGCAGCUCCCUCGAAGCACGCCCACCUGCCCGUUUCUCCCCAAGGCAGACAUGCCAAGCACCCUCCUGACUUGAAGAACAAAAUACCGGCCAACGGCGGGGUGCCCAGGAAACCCCAGGCGGCAGAGCUCACGGAUGCGGAGGAACUGGACCCCCAAGGGGACCCCCCGACCUUGCCCUCCGAGACCCAGGGCCAGCAGCGCCCGCCCAGGCCGCCGGGCAGACCCGUCCACCCCGGCCUUGCUGGACGGACUCCGGGGAGAGUCCGAGCGCCAGUGCUGCCCCGACAGGAAGGCGUGGACAAGCCCGGCUCCUCGCCCCCCUCCCACCCGCGAGGGGCAUCCCUGUGGGUCCCCCACGCGCCCACCGCGGGCAGCUCUCGCCGCCCGGCCCACCUGCCGUCCAGCUCUGCGGACAACGACUCGCUGGACUGGGAGGAGGGAGAGCCGGCCACAGGCUCCCUGGACCCCAAAGACGCCUCCUCGGAGCGCCUGCACCCCGAGAGCGUGCCCGCCCGGCCAGCUCUGGGGCCCAGCCGCCACCCCACCUCCAGCGCGCGCCCCCGCGGCCCCGCGCUCCAGGGCGCCAGGCCGGCCCUGCCCGCGCGGAGGGCGCCCUACUCGGAGGCCGCACCCCACGGGGGCGCAUCCCGGCUGCAGCCCACCGAGCCCCAGCCCGGGCCCCCGCUCCCCCGGGGCGGGAAGGACGGCCAUGACGGCCCCGCCGCCAAGUCCCACGCGCCCUCGCGCCCCACCAAGUCCUCACCGGUCUCCUCGCGUGUCGCUCCCAGGCCCCAGGCGCCGCGGAGGGUGGAUGGCGACAGUGACGCGGCAGAUGCGGUCCCGGGCCAUGUCGGUCCGCACAGAAACAAGCCCUUUGCCGCCCACGGCAGGUACCCGAGCCGCUCUGGCUACGGCCGAGGCCCCCGCCUCCAGGCCUCAGGCCCCCCGGCGCCCACCGGGACCCCCCGGGCGCACGCGCAGGGCGCGGAGAGCGAAGCGGAAGAGGAGAAGCCACUUCCGGCCACGGCGGUGCAGGGCCACGUGCCUUCCUCCUCCUGGCAGCCCGCCUCCCGGGCCGGGGACCAGCCGAGAAGAGGCCCCCAGCGCGGGACGAGCCUGGCGCCGAGGGACCCCCUGGCAGGGAACCCCGAGUCCGCCGGGACCCGGGCCGCCGCGCACCUGCCGGACAAACCUCUGUCCUCGAAGGCGCAGGACGUGCCAUGGAGCACGGACUCGGGGGCGGCGCAGUCCCCGCACCACCCCGGGCCCAGCGCCCCCAGGAGGAAGCCCGCGUCCCCCCCGGCGGGGCGCUCCCACCUGGACCCUUACGCUUACGGGUCCAGGGGCAGCCAGUCGUCCCUCCCCGAGGGUUCCGAGCGCCACGCUGGCGGGCGCCACGCGGACAGCACAGACGCAGAGACCCUGGGCACCAGGGCACACGCGGCCCGGGCCAAGGACACCACCCCGGCCCUGCCCAAGCACCGCCAGGUGGAGGCCCCCACGGGGAGCGCGGGCGACGGUCACCCCCGCAGGCCCGCGGGCGCCUCUCCGAGGCCCGGCCACCCCCACGCCCCCGCCCGCGCCAGGGUCCCCGGGCGCGCGGAGCCCCAGGAGGCGGGGAAGAAGGACGGGGCGUCCAAGAAGGAGGCCCUGACCGCUAAGUCUCCGCAGUCCGUUUCGGCCGAGGAGGAGGCGGAAGAGGAGGAGGAGGAAGACACGUGGUUUCUGAAAGGAGGGAAGGACGAGGACCCGCUGUCCGCCUCUGUUUCUAAGUGGCCCCCCUCCUCCAUCCCCAGGGGCAGCAAAUACACAGACAGGAGCAGCGCGGAGACGGACUCUGCCAGCGCGCCUGCUGCCCCCCGAAGGGACUCCCCCCGGGAGGAGCGCCCCACUCUCCCGCAGCGGCCUCCUUCUGCAGGCAGCGCCCCCAGAGCCUCAUACCUCCCGCCCAGACACCCCCCUCGCAGCCCCAGCACGGCCAGCGCCCCGGUGGGCACCCCGGCGCGGCCCCGGUACACGACGCGCGCCCCUCCCGCCUACGCCUCCACCACGCCCAUGCUGUCGCUGCGGCAGCGCAUGAUGCACUCGCGGUUCCGGAACCCCUUCUCCCGCGCGCCCGCCAGGCCCUCUUUCAGACAAGGUUAUAACGGCAGGCCAAGUGUAGAGGGGCGGGGACUGCCCGGCACUAAUGGAAAACCGAGCGGACAGAGAAUUAUCAAUGGCCCUCAAGGAACAAAGUGGGUGGUGGAUCUUGAUCGUGGGUUAGUAUUGAAUGCAGAAGGAAGGUACCUCCAAGAUUCACAUGGCAAUCCUCUUCGGGUUAAACUAGGAGGAGACGGUCGAACCAUUGUGGAUCUGGGAGGGACCCCCGUGGUGAGCCCUGACGGGCUCCCCCUCUUCGGGCAGGGGCGACAUGGCAAACCCCUGGCCAGUGCCCAGGAUAAGCCCAUUUUGAGUCUUGGAGGGAAGCCUCUGGUGGGUUUGGAGGUCGUCAAAACAACCACCCGUGCCGCCACCACCACCACCACCACCACCACCACCACCACCACCACCACCGAGAGACCCACCACUACCCCUCGGCCCACCACGGCAACCCUGCGGCCCAGGACCACCACCCGCCGCACCACCACCACCACCACCCGCCGCACCACCACCACCCGCCCAACCACCACCACCCUGCGCCCAACCACCACCAUCCGAACCACCACCCCGACAACCACCACCACCCCCGAGCCCACCACAGCCGUCCCCACCUGUCCCCCCGGGACCCUGGAGCGGCAUGACGAAGACGGCAACCUGGUCAUGGGCUCCAGUGGGGCCCCGGAGUGCAUCCCUGAAGAAGAUGACUUCUCAGGAUUGGAGACAGACACGGCCACACCCACGGAAGAGGCCUACGUUGUCUAUGAUGCAGAUUAUGAACUUGAGACCUCCAGGCCACCGGCCUCCACCAGGCCCCCCACCACGGCUGCCACGCCCGCCGUCAUCCCAGCAGAAGGCACCAUUAGCUCCUUCCCCGAGGAAGAGUUCGACCUGGCUGGGAAGAAGCGAUUUGUUGCUCCUUAUGUGACAUAUCUAAGUAAAGACCCAUCCGCCCCUUGCUCUCUGACCGAUGCUCUGGAUCACUUCCAAGUGGAGAGCCUGGAUGAAAUCAUCCCAACUGACAUGAGGAAGAAUGACCUGCCUCCGCAGCACGCGCCCCGCAAUAUCACCAUUGUUGCUAUGGAAGGCUGCCACUCAUUUGUCAUUGUGGACUGGGACAAAGCCACCCCGGGAGAUGUGGUAACAGGCUACUUGGUUUACAGCGCGUCCUACGAGGACUUCAUCAGAAACAAGUGGUCCACCCAGGCUUCGACGGCCACUCAUCUGCCCAUUGAGAACUUGAAGCCAAACACAAGGUAUUAUUUUAAAGUUCAAGCCAAGAACCCUCAGGGCUAUGGACCCAUCAGCCCGUCGGUCUCAUUUGUCACGGAGUCAGACAACCCUCUGCUUGUUGUGAGGCCACCAGGCGGUGAGCCCAUCUGGAUCCCAUUUGCUUUCAAACACAACCCUGACUACACGGACUGCCACGGCCGGCAGUAUGUGAAGCGGACGUGGUACAGAAAGUUUGUGGGCGUCAUUCUCUGUAACUCACUGCGGUACAAGAUCUACCUCAGUGACAACCUGAAAGACACAUUCUACAGCAUCGGAGACAGCUGGGGAAGAGGUGAAGACCAUUGCCAAUUUGUGGAUUCACACCUGGAUGGGAGAACGGGGCCUCACUCGUACAUAGAGGCCCUCCCCAGCAUUCAAGGCUACUACCGCCAGUAUCGCCAGGAGCCUGUCCGCUUUGGCAACAUUGGCUUUGGGACCCCCUAUUACUACGUGGGCUGGUAUGAGUGUGGCGUCUCCAUCCCAGGGAAGUGGUAACCACAGGACGAGCAUGCGGAAAGCUCGCCCUGCCCGGCCCCCUGGACUAACUCGCACUGAGGGCUGAGCAGGAAAAGGAAGAUGGCGCCUGCCCCAAGCCCCUCUGCCCUGUGUCAGCAAUGCCACAAGGUGGACACUGGAUAUUUGGGGCAUCUUCAGUCUGGACUCAGCCCCACUUCCUGGCCUGGACCACACACGGGAUUCAAUGUUGUUGUUAAGUUUGCUUCUCCACACGUUUUGCUUAUAAUAGCACAUCCCAGAGACAACCAAAGCACACAGCUACCAGGGAUGCCCACUGAUUCAGGGUGAUUUUCACACUUCUUAGGCACAAUAUCCAGACCAUCGGUAUCUCCAGAGAACAGCAGAAGCUGGCUUCAUGGGAUGCUACACGCUCUCUUUUUUCACCGGACUCCUCCCAAACUAGCUGACGUUUUGCUCCUGGCUUCUUUCUCUGCAGGAGAACUGAAUUACUCAAAUCCUCACCCAAGGGAAUAUAUCCUGCUUAAGAUUUAUCCAUGGACUCACCCAAGGCUAGACCAAAUGUAUCAAAUCUUGGUCAAUCUCAUUUUGAUAUAUAUAUGUAUAUAUGCAUAUACAUAUCCACACUUGUCUGCAAGAACGUUGAUUAAAAUUGCUAAAUUUGUACCUGUUUACUAGAGAAACGUGUGUGGGACUUUUGGGAGCAAAGGUGCCGUUUUCGAACAUCUUAUUGAAGUGUCCAGAGCAUGCGUUCUCAGCAGAGGAAAGCCAUGCCUCCUUCCUGUGCGCGCUGCUGAGCUGUGGGUGGCGCGGGUACUGCCGCAGGGUGGCAGACUCAUUGCAGACGGAGUGCCUUCGGUCUCCCACGCCUGUGUGGAAACGCGCGGCUGACUCUAUGGGGACAGACCUAGCAUAUUUGCAGAUUAAGAGUUUGGGUCCCAAAUGAUUCGAAAAUCCAGUCUUAAAGAAACCCCUUUCCCUCUCCUGCCCGUCUCAGCGUCUACUUCUUGAAAUAAAGCACCUUACCCCUCUUC